AUGAGUAAUAGUGAGACCAUCCUUACAGACACCUCGGUGGUGGCAGCCCGCGGAGUGAGCGAGGUGAAGUCGCUGCAUUUGGAUGAAGGGUUAGGGGGGGACUCUCAGGCAUCGCAAGAAUCCCAGGAACCCUAUGAUGAUGUGUUCACCCCUCCAACCGAUGAAGAAAAUCAAACAUUGCGCAAAGUGGCCGCCAAUCUCCCGUUGGUUGCUUUUUCCCUCUGCCUGGUCGAAUUUGCCGAGCGCGCGUCCUACUAUGGGGCACAGACACUCUUCUCCAACUUUGUGGAAUUCCCACUGCCCGAAGGUGGCAAUGGCGCCGGUGCUCCUCCGCGCGGAACCCAAAAGACAGCCGGAGCUCUGGGAUGGGGAUUACAGGCCAGCACCGGCUUCGUGCUUCUAUUCAAAUUUUUGGCCUAUAUUGUCCCCAUCUUCGGUGGUUACUGGGCAGAUACUUAUGUCGGGCGGUAUAAGGCCAUCAUCAUUGGUGUGUUUAUCUGCGGCGUUGCCCAUAUCAUCCAGAUCGUCGGCGCGAUUCCCUCUGUUCUCCAGAAAGGCAAAGCCAACGCAGCUCCACCGUUUGUCAUUGGCCUCUUACUUCUUGCCAUCGGUGCCGGUAUUUUCAAGCCGAAUAUCUCUCCCACUGUUCUGGACCAGCAUAAAUCCCAGACGCCGUACGUGAAGACUCUGAAGUCGGGUGAGAACGUUAUUGUCGACCCCGAAACCACCAAUACUCGGACCAUGCUGCUGUUCUACAUGUUUGUUAACAUUGGUGCUUUCUACAUGUUAGCGACAACCUACGCGGAGAAGUAUGUUGGAUAUUGGCUUUCCUUCCUGCUAUCGGGUAUCAUUUACUUCUUUCUUCCAAUCCUCCUCCUUGCUGUCUAUAAAAGGACCAAAAAGCAACCUCCCAGUGGAAACAAAGAGCUCGCCGAAGCCUUUAAAAUUGGAUGGACUGCUCUUGUACAAAGCAAAUUCCAGUUCUGGCGCAAAGACUUCUGGGAUUUAGCAAAAUCUGCCAACCUUCGCAGUAAGGGGAUCGAAGUUAGUUGGACAGAUACCUCAGUAUCAAAAGUUGCGAAAACAAUUGAGGCAUGCGACAUCUUCUGGUUUUUCCCCAUCUACAAUUUAAACGACGGUGGUAUCGGCUCAGUCGCCACGAACCAAGGCGCAUCAAUGAUCACAAACGGAGCACCCAACGACCUUCUCAACAACUUCAACCCGCUAACGAUUAUCGUUGUCAUCCCGAUCCUGACUUUCGUGAUCUAUCCGUUCCUUGAGCGGCGCAAGCUGAAGCCUGGCUCCAUAACCCGAAUGACGAUUGGGUUCGCUGUUGCCACUUUAGCUGGCAUAGUCGGUGCACUAGUCCAAUGGAAAGUGUACCAGCUCUCACCAUGUGGCACUCACGCAUCAACGUGUGACGACGUCGCCGAUAUCAGUAUCUGGUGGCAAAUUCCCAAUACAUCUCUCAGCGCCAUAAGUGAAUGUUUCGCCAACGUCACGGCGUACGAGGUGGCCUAUGCUCGUGCCCCAAAGAGUAUGAAAGGCCUGGUGAUUGCUGUUUUCCUUUUCAUGACGGCCCUAUCUAGCGCUCUUGGUGAGAUUCUUAUCCCGGCGACUGCGGACCCAUGGUUGAUCUGGAUUUGGGCUGGUCCUGCUGUCGCCCUGGCGGUUCAGACUGUUAUUUUCUGGUUCCGGUUCAGGCAUUUGAACUCUGAGAACUACUUCGCCGAUAAUGUUGUUUCUGAUCUGGUUGAGGAGGAGCAAGUGUCACUUAAAAGGGAAGCUUGA